UUUACAUCACAGGUCGCAUGCCGACCCGAGCUCCUGCCCGAAACACCGCCGCCAUUAUCCAACUAAGGCUUCUCGGAUAUUGCUCUACAAUUCAAGGUCGAAACCUGCCCGCAGAAAUUUCAACAAAUGCAUUGUCAUAUUUGAACCCACAGCGUGGACAGAUGGCUUUGUGUUCGACAAUGAAAUUGUCCUUUAUUUGUCUUGAUGUCGGAAUCUUUGUCUUGAACCGUCAAGACAUCAUCCCAGAAACCGAAUCCCACGAGUACCCUCCAGGCUGGCCCAGUCCCAAACUUCAAAACUUCGUCGUCACCGUCAACCUUGACUGUCGCAUUGACCUCAACUACCUAGCCCAGCGGGCCCGCAAUGUCGAAUACAGACCGCGUCGCUUCAAUGCUGUGAUCAUGCGCAUCCGCGAUCCACGAACGACAGCACUGAUCUUCGCAACGGGCAGAAUGGUUGUCACAGGUGCCAAGAGUGAAGCCCUGGCUCGCCUUGCCGCUAAGAAACACGCUUACGCCCUCCAGAAAUGUGGCUUCACUCCGAAAUUCCGCGACUUCACUGUCCAGAAUAUCAUUGGCAGUGCCAAUGUUGGCUUCAACAUCAGACUUGAGGGGUUAGCCAACAAGUAUCUCACUGUUGGCGCCUCUUUUGUCCCCGAAAUUUUCCCAGGCUUGUCUUUCAAGCAGUAUCUCGCUUACCGAGCAGAUGGGACACUUCGCUCCUGUCCAACCCUUCUCAUUUUUACAACCGGAAAGAUCGUGGUCACCGGUGCCAAGACAGAAGAGGAUCUUAGGGCCGCCUUUGCUUGGGUAUAUCCUCUGUUCUUUGACUUUCGCUUUGCCAGCGACCCGAACAGCAAAACAAAGAUGUAG